CUUGGCGAGCGGAAAUGAAAUUGAGCCAGCUCCGAAUAUUUUUUUUUUCAAUUUUAUUGAGAGAUUUCCCUAAAUCAUUUCCAUGUCACAUUCCAACACUAUACCCAUUACACAUUCUAGUUCAUUUAUUGCAAAAAUGAUGCUUGUCGAAAGUAGUGAAGACGAUUUCUACCAGGAUCCCUUUGGAACCCUCGAGCUGGAAACGCGGAAAGCCGAAGUCGAAAAAGGCAUCUCGGAUUUCACCUUGGACACGGUGCCAUGGACGAUCCGUCUGGCCCAAGACAUGAGUGGCGGCUGCGGCGGCAAGAUCUGGGAAGCCGCCAAUAUGAUGAUCUCCUAUUUGGUCGACUAUCCCCAAGAUUUCAAAAAUAAACGCAUUCUCGAGCUCGGUAGUGGAACUGGUCUCGUCGGAUUAGCUGUCGCCAAAUCAUACCCUGAUGUAAAAAGCUUGAUUCUGACCGAUCAAGAACCUCUGAUGAAUCUUUUGCGAGAGAAUAUAGCCCUCAACGACGUAGCUCACAUCACAACUGCUUCCGUUCUUAACUGGGGAGAGCCAUUACCAGAUAGCAUAGCUCCGGGGUCGGUGGAUGUCAUUUUAGCCUCUGACUGCGUCUAUCUCGAAGUGGCGUUUGAGCCGCUUAUUCACACGCUUUUGGAAUUGAGUUCCAAGGAUACCUUGAUUUUGAUGAGCUACCGAAAACGAAGAAAAGCCGAUAAACGGUUUUUCCAAAUGGCACGGAAACAUUUUACUCUCCAUGAGGGUGAAAAUGAUGCGAAGCAGGAUGCGUAUUUAAAAGACGGGUUACGACUGUAUAUUUUGAAGAAGAAAUAAUACAAUAAACUGAUUCUGUUACAUAUAUGAAUAUAUAACACUGGAAAAAACUCUGGAUAUAUGG